CCGUCGCUCAGUAAUGACGUAGGUCGCGUGUGUUUAUCCAGCAUGGUGACCUCCGUGGGCUGUAAAUACAGCCGGAGCUUCGGGGUAAUGAACACGAGCGAAUUGUCAGUAAAUUGAGUGAGUGAACUUUCAGUCAAUUUUCACUUUGAGUUGACUCUUUAGCAGUGGUUCAUAUUAUAUUUAUAUAUAUUUCCUUUAUUAUUAUUGAUUUUUUUUACACCUGCUUUUAAUUCACUGGAUGAGAUCUCAAGAAGGACUUUUACUCUGAGCUCACGUUGUAUGUGUAUAAUCUGAAUUAAUGGCCGUGCAAAUGCCCUUAGCUCGACUCCUGCUCGUGCACAGGCUGCUGAGGACGAGCACAUCCGGUCAACGACGUCUCCGCAGCAGGGACGUGCUCCGUGAAUGCAGGCGGGAGACGAGGACUCUCUCAACCUUUCCCGUGAAAAGGAGCGAGAGCAAGGGGGACGGCUGGGACCCCUCCCCGCCCCCGAGCAGCGGGCGAGCGCCGCGGCCCCUGUCCCCCCUGGAGAGGCUUAGUCGCCUGCUGCCCCAGGACGCUCUGAGCCCCGAGGUGUCGCAGCUGAGGGACCCGGAAGAAGACGCGAGCGUUGCGGCGUCGGUCACGCACGGCGAGGAGGCUCAUGGGGCAACCCCUGAAGAGGGCGACCGGCCCGCGGCGAGCGCAUCGGCCGCUCUCCCCGGGGAGAGCUCGCUCGCGUUCGGGGAGCUGCUCGUCGCAGAGCACCGCAAGAAGGGCCGGGUGGAGUUCAGGAAGAUGUUCGAGCUCCGGCCGGGGGCGCUCCUGCAGAGCAACUGGGGGGUGGUCGCGCACGAUGACGCGGCCGGGCGGCCCGCGGGCUGCUUCAUGAAGACGAGCAGGGGCGUUCGCUUCCUCGUACGCCGGGCCAGUCUGGAGGACUACGUGCUGUACAUGAAGAGGGGCCCGGCUAUCGCCUACCCUAAGGUUUGGGGUUUGGGGGUUCGCAUGUGUUCACGGGCCCACGCGUCUUCCCGUUGGCUCUUCCUGAUUGUUUCUUGUACUCCAGGACGCAAGCACAAUGCUCAUGAUGAUGGACGUCACAGAGGGCGACCGGGUGCUGGACUCAGGGUCCGGGUCCGGAGCCAUGUCUUUGUUCCUGUCCAGAGCAGGUUCGGCUGUAAGGGCAGUGUGCUGAGCUUGGAAGUCAGGGAGGACCACCACAGGAGGGCGGUGCUCAACUACAAGCGCUGGAGGGAGUCAUGGAGCCUGCGGCGAGGCGAGGAGUGGCCCGACAACGUCCAGUUUCACAUCGGCGACCUCGGCGAGGCCUCGUCGCUCCUCGCCACUCAGGGAUUCCACGCGGUGGCCCUCGACCUGAUCCACCCUCACCUGGUCCUGCCCACCGUGGUUCCGCAUCUGCACCCCGGGGCCGUGUGUGCCGUCUACCUCGCAAACAUCACACAGGUCAUCGACCUGCUGGAGGGGCUCCGAUGUCUGCCGCUGCUGCCCCUGCUGUGCGAGCGCAUCAUCGAGGUUCCGGUCCGAGACUGGGUGGUGGCGCCGGCCCUCCAGAAAGACGGCAGCUACUGCGUCAGGAAAGCUCCCGCCAUGGACCGAGACCGGAGGGAGGAGGCCGACAGAGAGGAGCAGAGCACAGACGAACACCCGGCCUUCGGGAGUGUUCCCUACAUCGCCAGACCUCAUCCCGAACAGAUGAGCCACACGGCGUUCCUGGUGAAACUGAGGAAGUAUGUGCGGUAGACCUUUCGGCCCAGAAGGAACCGUGGGACUAAAAACAUUAUUGUAAAUUAUUUGAUAAAUAAAAUAUUCAAAAUGUU